AUGAAUUCAGCUUCCCCUACUACUAGCACAUCCACAAAUAGAGGUGGCCGUCCUAAGGAUUGGACCGAACCCCGAGCUCGAAGACUCGUGCGACUAUAUAUCUAUACGAGGUUACCCUUUGAGCUUAUAUUAAAACUUCUAGAAGACGGCGUUUGGAAACCUGGGUAUGAUGCUGCCAAUAAAGUCAAGAACUCACUCCUCGGAAAUGACCCUCGGUGGAUAAGACCUAAGGAUGAGGAUGACGAGAGAAGACGUAUCGCAGGUCUCAAGAACAGCCGACGCGGGACGAAGCUCCGCCAGAGGGCAUCAUCAUCGCAUCUUACCAAUGAACAUCUAAACAUCUAUGGCUCUGGUUGGCAUGACGAUGACAGCUUAACUCUUGCUCAAUCGAACCAACCCUCCUUUGAAAAUAUUAAACAAGAGCCAAGUCACUACAGCUCCGAAUUUGGAGCUAAUCGUUUCUCUUGGACUCCUAGUGGUCCAAACGCAUCUCGCCGGGAUACCAGUCUAACCAGUUCUACCGAAACUAGUAUGAGCAGUAGCUUUCAGGAGAAGCUUUCUGCUGUCUCUCGAGACCAAGCGAAGGGUGCCUGGCAUGUCUUGAAACGGUUUACCUUCCCUAAGGAUCUUGACAUUCACCGAGGAACUUCUUUUUCCCCUGUGUUUCCCCAUGGGCCGCCGAAUUUCCCUCCCCAUGAUGAACCAGCUACCCGUGGUUCGUCUAGCGCGAAAUAUGCUCUCCCUGGCGACUUCCUUAAUGCGGACUUAUUUAAUAGAGAAAGCAUAUGCGGGGUUGGAUCUUCAUCUCACGAGACCGAGACCUGCUGGUGCCGGAUCAUCAACGAGUUAAGACCGCCUUAUGAGAUAUGGCCAAUGACUAAUGGCAAUCCUACUAUCCAAGACAUCUCUUCUAAUCAAAUUAGAGAUGUCUUUGGCAAUACAAUAUUCCAUUGGCUUGCUAGUGCAACUAGAGACCGAAACUAUUUCCUCAAUAUCAUUACUCAAGCACUACGUCACAACUUACUGAUUCAUGCCACAAACACAGCUGGGCAGACGUUUCUUCAUCUUCUACAUCCCUCUUGGUUCGAAGAUGAAGUACUAUUGGAGUGGCUUCUCAACAUGCUUAAGGACGCCAAUUUUAACAUUUUGGCAACCGAUGUUUACGGUCGCAGCUUUUUCCACUUGCUGCAAAAUAGGAGGGGGGACUUGAUUCGUGUACCGGCUCACUUAUUCGAUUGGGAACUACUUAGGCGACGGGAUGCAUUCGGAGUUAAGCCAAUGGAACCUCAGGCAAAACAAUCAGAGCCUCCUAUUGUACAAAGCAUGACCCGUGCCAAUCCCUUGAACGCCAGAAGUUCAAGCAAUAUGGAGUUUCUACCAACAUUUCUCGAAAUACCUUCUGAACGUGGAGUUGAUGCUCGAAUUCGAUCUCAAGCUGAGCUUCUACGAAUAGUCGUAGAUGCUAUUAAGGUCGAUGGUGUCAACUCAACUAACCAGAACUCCUUGUCAGAAGAUUUGCACGGACGUAAUGCGCUCCAUGCUCUUGCAGAAGUCGAGCUUGACAUUGAGCGGGUCCAACAUCCCACCGAUGAUAACCAACGACACAAGAAAAGGAAAUACAAGGAGGAGGAGGGCGAGCCAAGGCCAGAAAGUAGCCACAAUAGCAAGCGAUUGGAGUACCUCGAAGGAAUUCUUUCUACUAGUGUUGAUGUCAACCAUUACGACAAUCGGGGACAAACGCCAUUAAUGGCAUUUAUCGCGCUGAGGCCGGAAGACUCCAGAUCGGAUAAAGAAGAUAUGGAGAGAUCAAUCCGGAAGCUCUUCGAAGCGGGUGCAAAUCUUGAGAAGCGUAAUGGCGAGGGUAAAACUGCCCUUCACGUCGCUGCCUGCUCCGGGAAAAAGGUCGCCCUAAAGGAGCUUCUUCAACUGGGAGCCAAUCCUUAUGUUCGCGACGCAUGUGGUUUAAGUGUUCUCGCCGCGAUCGACGAACUAUGGGCCCAUACCGAAAGAGAUGGCAUUUUUACAGCACGACUAGAAGCAUGCCGAGGUGUUUUUACGAGUAUGGUUCAGCCGGAUGCCCAGGAGCCCAGUGUUGUACAGGAAUGGGGGGUAAGAAGACCAGCAGCCAGACCGUGA